AGUAGCCUCAGAAACCUCAAGCCACAAUACCACCAAGUUUCUCACAUGGGAAGCCUUCAGCCCAACAUUGCUAUGUACACCCCUAAUGGGAACCACAGUGGACCAAAUGAUCAUUGAGAUGCACAAGGCUAAGGAAAUUGGUUCUGAUGUUGUGGAAAUCAGGCUUGAUUAUUUGAGAAACAUUAACCCAAGUUCAGAUCUUGAAUUACUUAUCAAGCAGAGUCCUCUGCCUACUCUUGUCACUUACAGACCUCAUUUGAAAGAGGAUGCAAUGAAGUUGGCAUUCCAAUGGAAAGCAAGAAUGAGAAUUCCUGAAAAUUCCUGGGAGAUUUGGGGAUUUUUGCACUUUAUAGCUGCAUAUGAGUUGGUUUAUACUCUACAUGUUGAUGAGACUGUAAAGCUUCAUGGGAUGAUUUCUCAGAAUAAAGAGGCUUCUUAGAAUUCUGCCAGACACUUCCGUAUGCAGAUAAGAUCCCUGGUAAGUUCUUGAUAUCGUCUUUCAUAGUGCGCUAUGUCA